UUCGGCUUUUGUCGCGUGUCGCAAGCGCUGCUCGCGCAUCCUCAGAGCCUUAGAGCGUGUGGACAAGCUGCAAAAGCUAAUAAUAGCAUUGAGACACUUUUGACUACUGGAGCAGCGGAAAGCAGCAGAGCGACGUCAGCCAUGCCUACACAGAACAGCGCCAUGUGGCGGCAGAAGAGCAACCGCGGCCUGUUCAUUGGCAUCUUUGGAUUUUGCCUUGGACUCUUUGGAAUUAUGUGCGGCAUGUUCUGGGAAGAUAUAUUCAAUUGGAUCAAGCAUAAGGAAAUGGCGCUCGCGCCCGACACACGUGUCUAUGAGAACUGGAAGACGCCACCGAUGGAGCUGCACCUGGACAUCUAUCUGUACAACUGGACCAAUCCCGAGGAGUUUGGCAAUCUGAGCAGCAAGCCCAUACUGCAGCAGCUCGGCCCAUAUCGCUUCAUCGAUAAGCCCGACAAGGUCAACAUCAGCUGGCAUCCGGCAAACAGCUCGGUUACCUAUCGCCGGCGCAGCUUCUACUAUUUCGAUGCGGCCGGCAGUGCGGGCAGUCUGGACGAUGAGAUCACCACGCUGAAUGCAGUGGCUCUGUCAGCGGCAGCCACGGCCAAGCAGUGGAACGCCGUGAAGCGGGGCAUGGUCGAUGUGGGCCUGAAGCUGUAUGGCCAGGAGAUGUCGGUGACGAAAACGGUCGAUGAGAUGCUCUUCACUGGCUACAGCGAUUCCAUGAUCGAUGUGGCCAUGGCCAUGCCCAUCUUCGGCGAUGAGGUGAAGGUGCCCUUCGACAAGUUUGGCUGGUUCUACACGCGCAACGGCAGCGCCGAUCUAACGGGCGUCUUCAACGUCUACACUGGCGCCGACAAUCUGGCCCAGCUGGGUCAGAUGCACUCCUGGAACUAUAAUACGCACACGGGCUUCUUUGAUUCAUAUUGCGGCAUGACCAAUGGCUCGGCCGGCGAGUUUCAGCCACAGCAGCUGCAACCCGGCGGCAGUGUUGGCCUCUUCACGCCGGACAUGUGCCGCACCCUGCCAUUGGACUAUGUGGAGACGGUGGAGAUCGAGGGGUUGCAGGGCUACAAGUUCUCUGGCGGCGAGCGCUCCGUUGACAAUGGCACACUUUAUCCCGAGAAUCUUUGCUUCUGUGGCGGAGAAUGCGUGCCCUCUGGUGUGAUGAACAUCAGUUCCUGUCGCUUCGGCUCACCUGUAUUCAUGUCCUAUCCGCAUUUCUACAAUGCCGAUCCGUACUAUGUGGAGCAGGUGGAGGGACUGCAGCCGGAUAAGGAGCAGCACGAGUUCUACAUGGUCGUGGAGCCGAGCACAGGCAUUCCGCUCGAGGUGGCGGCGCGUUUUCAGGUCAACAUGCUCGUCGAGCCCAUCGACGGUAUUCAAUUGUAUACAGACAUUCCACGCAUUUUCUUUCCACUCAUCUGGUUCGAGCAGAAGGUCACAAUUACACCCGAGCUGGCCGAUCAGCUCAAGCUGUUGCCCGUGCUGCUGUUGGCUGGCCAAAUCUUUGCCGGCAUCUGCCUGGCUGUCGGUCUCAUUCUGCUGCUCUGGAUGCCCAUGCAGCAGCUGCUCAGCUGGUGCCAGUCGCGUCAGUACGACGUGAAGACGCAGCAGAAGAGCAACGGCCAGUACAAGAGUCGCUCUCAGUUCUCCAGCGCCGAGGAGCUCAAGUCCAAGGCCUCCACGUUGGUGUGCGAGAAAAGUGCUGGAGAAUCACCAGACAGCUCACCGUUGCUCGAACGGGAUAUCAAGCCCGCCGUAGUGAUAACCAAGUCACAGACCGGUGACAAUGAAGUCACAGCCAUAAACAAGGGCACGGACAGCAAACAGGACUAAAGCAAUUCAACUGGAACAACUAGCCGUCCUAGUGCUUUAAAUAGUUUAUAGUCAAUUAGUUCAGGAAAAAAAAAAUUUA